AUGGCGGGCAAGUCAAGAUUCACAAGGCUAGAUGCCUUCACCAAGACGGUCGAGGAUGCCCGCAUCAGGACCACCUCGGGCGGUAUCGUCACCAUUGUGUCGUUGAUUGUCGUCCUUUUCCUCUCUUGGAGCGAAUGGCGCGAGUAUCGCCGUAUCGUUGUCCACCCAGAGCUUGUUGUUGACAAGGGCCGCGGCGAGCGCAUGGAGAUUCACCUCAACAUUACCUUCCCCCGUGUGCCCUGCGAGCUUCUCACACUUGACGUUAUGGAUGUGUCGGGCGAGCAGCAGCAUGGUGUACAGCACGGCGUGACAAAGACCCGUCUGCGCCCAUGGGAGGAGGGCGGUGGCGACAUCGACAAGAAGGAGCUUGCUCUCCACUCUAUCGAGGAAUCUGCUACCCACCUUGACCCCAACUAUUGUGGUUCGUGCUAUGGCGCGAACCCCCCUCCGAACGCUGUCAAACCCGGAUGCUGCCAGACGUGCGACGAAGUCCGCGAGGCGUACGCGCAGGCCGCGUGGGCCUUCGGCCGUGGCGAGAACAUCGAGCAGUGCCAGCGCGAGCACUACGCCGAGCGUCUGGACCAGCAACGCCGCGAAGGCUGCCGCAUCGAAGGCGGCCUGCGCGUCAACAAGGUCGUUGGCAACUUCCACAUUGCCCCCGGCAAGAGCUUCAGCAAUGGCAACAUGCACGUGCACGACCUUAAGAACUACUGGGAAUCGCCCGUCAGGCACACGUUCACCCACAUUAUCCAUCACCUUCGAUUUGGCCCGCAGCUGCCCGAGUCACUGCACCAAAAGCUCGGCAACAAAGCCCUACCUUGGUCUAAUCACCACGUCAAUCCUCUUGAUAACACGCACCAAGAGACCGAUGAGGUUAACUUCAGCUACAUGUAUUUCAUCAAAAUCGUGCCCACCUCAUACCUGCCUCUCGGCUGGGAGAAGACGUGGGAUCAGUUUCGUGAGCAACAUCAUGCCGAGCUGGGCUCCUUCGGCACCAGCGCCGAUGGUUCUGUUGAGACGCAUCAGUACUCGGUUACCAGCCACAGGCGCAGCCUGUCGGGUGGUGACGACGCAGCCGAAGGCCAUUCCGAGCGUUUACACUCUAAGGGUGGCAUUCCCGGUGUUUUCUUCUCCUAUGAUAUCUCCCCCAUGAAGGUCAUCAAUCGCGAGGAGCGGGCCAAGAGCUUCCUGGGCUUCCUUGCUGGCUUGUGUGCCAUUGUUGGCGGUACUCUUACUGUUGCUGCUGCCAUCGACCGCGCCUUGUUUGAAGGCACAGUGCGUCUCAAGAAGCUGCGGUCGAAGGAUCUCUAA